GAUGAAGACGUGAAAUCCACAUUUGAUCCCAUUCCCUUUAAAUACCAUAUCAAAAUGCAUAAACAUUCAAUCAACUAUAAUUUUCUCCUCAUAAUUCCUCUUCUCAUCAUCAAAAUCACUUGUCAAAAAUGAAAUCAAAAUAUCCAAAUCUAGCCUCACUGAUCAAACGCAAGCUUGUCAAACCAUGCAAAAAAAUAGUGAAAUUCCUGGUAAAGCUCCGCCCUAGGAAGCCGCUCUCCAUAAAAUCGAUCCGCCGCCGCCGCCGCCGCAUAUCCAAGAUGAUGACGGUUUUCCGAUCGCCGCCCGACGAGAGGGAGAUGGACCGGGUGACGGAGCUCACGAGCUUCUCCGACGCCGCGCCGCAUCAGAGAGCGCCGUUUCCGUCGCCGCUCACUCCGGCGUACGUAAAAUUGAGCGCCGCGAGAAUCGAGGAAGACGAUCGCGUGGAAGAAGCGUGCAGAAGCUUCGAGAAGUAUCUGGUGGAGAUGGUCGUGGAAGAGGGGAAAGUGAGGGAUUUGGGUGACGUGGAGGAGCUGCUCUACUGCUGGAAGGAGCUAAGGUCGCCGGAUUUCAUCGAUUUGGUGUGCCGCUUUUAUAGGGAGCUUUGUACAGAUCUGUUUUCCGAGCAAAGCUAGAAUUCGUUUCAUUUUCAUUCUCUAAUUUGAAUGGUGAUAGUUAGUAGUUGUAUUUCACUUGCAAAUUUUGAACUUUUCAUGUAUGAUUUGUAAUAUAGAUCAAUACAUGAUCCUAACUAAA